UUCGUGGACUGUCCGCGCGUUAAGCUGAGCUGGAGACUUGGCUCGCGUUCACAAUGCGAGCUGAGGGAGCAUGGCAGGGCUGGAGGAACACUCUCUGAUCACUCGUUCGGACCGCUAGCUGGCCAGGUCAAUGCGUGGCUGAGCGCACGGAGAACUUUUCCACCAUGAGAAUUCACUGCAAAAUCGUGUUGCUCGCGGUGUGCCUCGGAGUUUUCCUACUUUUCUACUUUUUCGGGGGGAAUGUCGGGGACGAGCCCCCGCUGCUCAGGCACGUUGAAGAGGACCACAAACUUUCCAGUUUUCCAUCUGCGUCUGGACUCGGGAAAAUAGUUUCGGUCGGAGUGGUGAAGCCUCCCGAGCCUCCAAAACAGAUCCGUCCGAGUCGGAAAGGAGGCGGAGGCGGAGGCGGCGGAGGCGGCGGCGGCGGCGAUGCCAGCGCUAAGCUUAGGCAGAAGAGUGAGCUUGGGCAGUCUGGGUUAAAGGUCACUCGUGCAGAGGUUGUUAUGCACCUUGCUGUGGUUGCUUGUGGAAACCGACUGGAGGAAACACUUACCAUGGUUAAAUCAGCACUCCUCUUCAGCAUCAAGAAGAUCAAGUUUCACAUCUUUGCAGAGGAGGAGCUGAGAGAACAGUUUGAGAAAGAGCUGAGCCACUGGCUACAGUCGCUCUCCUCCAAGCUCCAGUACACUCUUUACCCAAUUACUUUUUCCGUGGGGAACGCUGAAGAAUGGAAGAAGCUCUUCAAACCAUGUGCUGCCCAGAGACUCUUCCUUCCUGUCAUUCUGAAAGACGUCGACUCGUUGCUGUAUGUGGACACAGAUGUCCUAUUUCUCCGGCCAAUGGACGACAUCUGGAAAUUCCUGAAAGCCUUCAACAGCACUCAGUUGGCAGCCAUGGCCCCUGAGCAUGAGAUCCCCAAAAUCGGCUGGUAUAGUCGUUUUGCAAGGCACCCGUUCUACGGCGUUACAGGAGUCAACUCCGGGGUCAUGCUGAUGAACCUCACGCGCAUUCGCAGCACUCUGUUUAAGAACAGCAUGAUCGCUAGUGGACUGUCAUGGGAGGACUUGCUUCAUCCACUUUACCAGAAAUACAAGAAUCACAUCACAUGGGGAGACCAGGACCUCCUCAACAUUAUUUUCCACUACAAUCCAGAAUGCCUGUAUACAUUUCCAUGCCAGUGGAACUACAGGCCUGAUCACUGCAUGUAUGGCAGCAACUGCAAGGGGGCCGAGGAGGAGGGUGUGUCUAUUCUCCAUGGCAACCGUGGCGUUUACCAUGAUGACAAGCAGCCAGCUUUUAAAGUGGUGUAUGAUUCUAUACGUGAUUAUCCUGUUGGAGAAAACAUGUUCCAGUCCUUGUUUUAUCCUCUCCAGACCAAAUUCUUGGACACGGUCAACACGCUAUGUGGCAGAGUUCCUCAGGUGUUUCUGAAGCAGAUCGAGAAGACCAUGAAGGCCGUGUUUGAGCAGAAAGUGGUCCGCCACGCUCGGCCGCUUCACAGACAGCGUCGCUGAACUGCAGCAGAUGCAGUCUAUAAAUGACAAGGAGAAGAUCGGAUUCUCCAAAACCAGUGGUGGUUUUUUUUUUUUUUGGUUUUGUUUUUUUAUGGAACGUGCAAUACCAAGACCUUGGUGUGGUUUCCUGACCAGUGUUCUCUGUCUGGACAGGAUGCUACAGAGCUUCUUGGAUAGACUGGGUUUUAAGCAGUGGUUAUUAUGGAAUAAAUGGCAGCUUGAUGAGGGGGUUGCUCUCCAAAGAACUGAACCACUUAAGUACAAGAGCAAUGUGGGGGGGAAAACAGUCCAUAAGGUUAAUACUAGGAUAAAUGAAUUUAGCAGGAUUUUUUCAGAGGAGUUGGUAUAAGUGAUAGAGAUUAUGUUAAAAUAAUAACAUUUUUCUCUUGUACAGUGUAACAGAGCGGCAGAUUGCACACACUAUAUUAUUAGUUUGACUCUAGUUGCAAAGAAUAUUAAGAUAACUUCUUAGCACAAGCUUGGCAGACAUAAAGACAUUUUGAAAAUGCAACUGGGGACCAGGCUGUGGGUUAGACAGAGGCAAGAACAGGGUGGUGUAGCACUUGAAUGUGCAAUGUUCCUCUUCAGAGCUAAUGUUUUAGAAGGAAGCAAAUGCCAGUCAUUGUUGCCUCGGGCAGUGUUGUAGAACUGAGUGACAUUAUUGCCUGAUAAUGGGCUACUUUUAUUCAUUUCAGUAGUCAGAUUGUGUUUGCUGUUUACCACUGUGGUGCUUCUGAACUAAAAUCCUGGUUUACAUAUACACCCAGUCUACAGAGCCCUGCCAAUGUCAUAAGCCAUAAAUAAUGUGAAAUCCGUGUACAUUCCUAUGAUCGUAAUAAGGUACAGAUAUAGCAUAAAGCUUUCCGUUUCUUUCAACAUGACAGUAUUAUGAUAUAAAUCACUAAGAAGCACAAAUUGUCUGGUUUAACAAUAAUAAUAAUAAUGAUUCAUGCAUGAUUCAGAGUUUUUAGAAGGUUUUUUUUUGUGUGUAAAAUGCAUUCUUCUAAAAUUGGAUAUGACACAGAUUUGACCUCUCAUAAGCUUUUAUGAGGCAUAAAAUAUGGCAGCGAAAUUGCUUUUGGAAACUAAUAUACUGCUAAUUCAGCAGCAGUAUGCCGAGACAUUUGUGCUAUUAUUUCCAUCUUGUGGCAACAGAAAUUGUCUUAUAACUCGCUCAGGACCGAUUCUCAGCUCCAUCCCCCUUUCAAGGUUGUGCGAUGUUCUGCGCAGACUCACUGAUCAUUUAAUCAUUAUUCCCCUGAAGUGUGUUGCAUAUAUAAUACGUGGAUCGUCGCGUAUGGGGCGCGCGUCUUCAAGUCAAGAUCCUAUCGAGCAAAAAACUUCAUCAUCAGGUGGGGGACAGAAACAAAUGUGAUCAAGCAAUAUGAAAUGAGUGUUUCAUAUUACAAAAACUUUAGGAAGUACAUUACAUUACUUAUUCGUAAUUCAAACUAUAACAUGAGGAUGUGACGCUGAGCUGAGCCUGGUAGAUGCUUAUUGAAGGAAAUUUCAAAGGAAAAAUCCACCCUGGGCGAUUUCCAUAUUAAUCUUUCUAAUUAACAUGGUAUCUUCAAUAUCAUUCAAGGUUUGUUUGGUCGAGUUGACUUUUUGAGUUUAAACUUUCAUUGACAUGCUGGUCUAUUUUCAUUUCAGUUAAAAGCUUCUUACAUUACCCACAAUGCCACCCUGACUACCCAUUGCUUAGUGGCGCAGUGGGAUUUAUACUGCAUUUGGCUUACUUCAUCGUGACGUCAUUUUCGACCUCAACACAUUCAACGCGCACAACAAAGUAAAAAAUAAUAAAAACAUGGACGCCUCCAUGUUUGUCUUUUGUUAGCAACAAGCUAUCCAGCUAACUGUGAUUGGUGACAAAAUUUAUAGUCAGUGUUAUACAGGAUGUCCCAAAAGUCUCCAUACUUGGGGGACUAUGUAUUCCAGCACCACGGCGGUUGUGACUUUGUCAGUGAAUGUUCUUGGUUGGUCCGCAACACUUCCAGUCUUUUUAAAUUUGUUAAUAAGUUUGGCAAUAAGUGUGGUGUGUGUGAUGUGUUU